AUGGCUUUGGCUCUUCUUUCUACACCUGAAGAACUUAAACGUGACAAAAAAGGCAUGAAUAUUGUACUCAAUCAAUUACUUCAAAUUGUCAUCGAUGCUGCUAAAAGUGAUCGUUAUCGACGUGAUGGUUUUCAUGUUAGUGAACCAUUAGGUGUUUUAGUCAAAAUGUUCGUUGUCGAAGAACGUACAUUCGAUUAUGUCUUAUGUCAUGCAGAAACACAACCAUCAUCAGAUAUGGAUUCAACAAUUCGUUUAUUUGCAUCAUUACUCUUCAAAUUUGCUGAUGCAUUAAAAGGAACAGAUCGACUUGAACAAUUUACAUUAAUAGCUUUAUAA